AUUUUCUUGAUCUCAUAGACGGGUAUGGCAACCUGUCAGCUUGCUCGCUCUAUGGGCCUCAAAGUUCUGGGAACAGCAGGGACUCCAGAAGGGAUGAAGCUGAUUGUCAACAAUGGAGCUCAUCUGGCUUUCAAUCACAGAGAAAAAGGAUACACUGAUAAAAUCAUGGCAGCCACAGAUGGCAAAGGUGUGGAUGUGAUUGUGGAGAUGCUGGCAGACUCCAACCUCAGUAAAGACCUGCAGUUGGUGGCCCACGGAGGACGUAUUGUGCUCAUUGGCUCCAGAGGUCCCAUCGAGAUCAACCCCGUGGAAAUCAUGCUGAAAGAGGCCCUCGUCCUGGGAGUAAUCGUUUUCGACGCUACACCGGAGGAGAUGAAGCAAUGUGCAGCACAGCUCUUUGCAGGGAUGGAGGCUGGUUGGCUGCGUCCAGUCGUUGGUCCGAAGUAUCCGAUGGAAAAGGCCGCUCAGGCCCACAAAGACAUUAUUGAGACCUCCGGGGCUUCUGGGAAGGUCAUCCUGACCAUCUGAUGACGCCACCAUGCCACAGGUCAAAGAUCACAGAGUGGCUGUUUCCAGAAGGGAGAGUCUUGAGGAGCAACAAAACUCAUUAAUGAAGUUUUUAUUUUUAUUUUUGCAGUAAAGUAGAAUCAUGCUUGCACAAAAUCUUACAUUUUGCCAAUUUGUCAUUUCAAGAUACAAAUUAUCGAUUUAAAGAUGUCUUCCAUCCAAAAUACUACUCUGUCCUGUAAUUCAAACUGGUUGUUAUGAAGUACAUGUUGAGAAAGUUGUGUAAUUAGCAUAGUUAGGAAACUAAUUAAUGAUGUAAUCAAAUGCUAUGGCGUUUGUAAUCACAAGAUUUGAAGACACAAACACACUGACAAACUUUCCUGUUCAACUAAAGACUGCUGGAAAAAAAUAAAGCAUGCUCCAUUACAUUCA